UAUGGACACUUGAACGAUUCUGAGAGGUUUUAUCCACAAAUUUGCCCUAUUAAAAACGCCUGUGUAUCGUGACGGGACGUGUUUUCUUUCUGUUGGCCGGAAGUCAAGCAUGACGAGAACGAUGAAUGCUGUGAAUAUGUGAUGUGGGACGUGAUAUAUGUCGUGAAUAUGCAGACUUUCACAUAAAUUAACGCCAGUUCAGCUGGAACAUACCUCGACGUAAAUACUUACUAGAGUUUUGGUAUUAGGCGAUUCACUUUCUAACAACUGAGAACGGGUUUUCAUAUUUUUCUGGCAGGAAACAUGGAAACCAUCCUGGUCCGAUUGGCGUUGUGUGCACUCAUCUGGGUUCCGGGACUAAUGGCAAGGGCGGCAUGGAUUGAACUUUCUCACCCAUUUAACAAUGAGACUCUCUACUGGCCCGGUCUUCCAACGUUCAAUCUAACCACAAUGUUUGAUGGCUAUCAACCCGGUGGAUUUUACCUCCUAAUGUAUUCCUUCGGUGCCCCCGAGCACGGAGGCACUCAUUUAGAUGCGCCUAGACAUCUUUCUUUUGGGAAAUGGACGACAGAUGAAAUUCCUCUUGAUCGCCUCAUCGGACCUGCCAUCAAGAUCGACAUAUCCUCCAAAGCUGCCCAGAAUGCUGAUGUUGAAUUAACACCCAGUGAUUUGCAAGCAUGGGAAAAAAUACACGGAAAGAUCCCGGAUGAUGUGAUAUUGCUGGUAUUUAGCGACUGGGCACGAUUUUGGCCAGACAGGAAAACGUAUAUGGGAACGGACACAGCAAACGCUUCAUUGCUGCAUUUCCCAGGUAGGGUCUUAAAGCAUUCGUGUCAUAUCUUGCUUGCUAUCGUCGAAAAACUGAUUAAGAAGUUGAACGUGCAUACACAUUUAUGCGCGUAAUGAGAUUCUUUGAGAUACCCAGUCGUGUUUAAGUCAUAAUGUCAAGGCUCUCUAUAAACCGUAAGGGCGUAAGGGAGAGGGGGAAGGGGAAUGUCACAUCCCCCAAGGUUUUGUGCAAUUUUCAAAAGGGCGUGGCAGCCAAACUUCGUAAGCGCGCGCUAUUUCUAGUAUUGGG